AUGGGAUCGACUCAAUUUGGCAAUUUUCAUCUAUUUGGAUGUUAUCAGAAUUUUUGUCGAGACUCGACUCUCCCAGUUUGCAAUCUUUUCGUUGCUGAUAACCAACCGCCAAAUGGGAAAUUUGGCGGAUGUGCCCUUAGGGGAAUUAAUCUGAGUGGUGAUAGGAACCUGGCGAACCUAGGAGCCAUCCUCUUUGCCGUGACAGCCCUAUUGCUCAGUGCGUUCUUAUUAUGGAAAUCGGAGCGGAAGAAGGCCGCGGUGGGAAGAAGGGAAAUUCAAUUGUUUUUACUGGGAUAUAUGAUAAUUCAGCUCUGUGAGAUUUUCACCAUUGGAGGAAUUCCCAUCUCUGAUAAUGUCAGAAAAGGAUUUACUGCCAUUCACCUAGCUGCCAUUGCCGCAACAGCCUGGAUAUUACUUCUCAAUGCGAUCGUUGGGUUUCAGCUACUCGAUGACGGCACUCCAGUCUCAGUCGGGCUUCUCCUUGCUUCCGGAGCCAUCCUGUUCAUUGGCACCGGCUAUAUCGCUUUAGACACUGGCUUUCGAUGGACCGGCCAUUUCGACCCGAGUUUGAACGGUGAAAAUCGAAAUAUAGGUCUCUAUGUCCUAUAUCUGCUAUUUCCACUGAUUUGCUUGGUUACCUUCUUUGCGCUGGAAGCGGUAUUAGUCUUGCGUAUCCUUGGUGAAUUAAGGCCUUUGUUAUACCUCAGCGCAGCCGGCCUGCUUUUUGCCAUUGGUCAAAUUUUCCAAUUCGUCAUCAGUACCCACCUUUGUCAAGCAUCCAGUGGGAAGAUAAACGGAUCCCUCUUUGCGACUCUCUUCACAGAACUUUCUGUGGGAGCAAUAUGGAUAUUCUGGAGUAGCAUUACGGAAGACGACUGGCCCAUGACCGUUGGAAGUGGUGGUUAUAACUGAGAAGGAGAACAAAAGAGAAACACUCAAAAAAUUUAAUGGUAAUUGUAAAAGAGGGGGAGAGAGAAGUGGGGAGAAAACAGGAUCGGAAACACGAACAAGAUUUCAAGCGUGUGAUAUGAUGGGAUGUACAGUUAGGAACGGAACGCAAGAACGAAAUGACGAGACCUAUUGAAAAUUCAGCACAGGAAAACGAAAGGACGACACGAAGGUUCAGAUGAGGAACCAAUCCGUAACAAUGGACCACACACCAUCCCAAGAUGCCCGGCAGCACAGACCUUCCGAUUGAUGCGGGUGGAAUGAAUGAAAAGCACAAUAUUAUAUUCAUUCUCUCGAAAGCUAUUUUGCCUUUCCAUUUCUCUUGUCCCACUCGAUAAUCAGUGGUUGGUCGUGCCUCGCAUCCUUCUUUCUCUUCCGCUUAUUCCGCCGGGCGCCCCGUUCUUCGUCUCUUGUCGUUACUUACAUAUCUCGCUUAUCUUACUCGGUCCCCAUUUAUUUCUCUUGUGCAUUCUGUCGCUAUAUUUUUGCCCCUUAUUAUAAAAAUUUCUUGCAAUUUUCCUGUGUAGCCCACCCUGGAUACUAACUCUGCUCUAGCAGGUUUCCGCCUCUGGAACUUCUUACUUAUUUCCAUUAUUCUUCUGCUUUUUGUUAUAACAUUUUCUUUUCUUCCUCUCAUUAUGUCUUGAACACUGGUUGUUAUAACCAUUCUUCUAUCUUGUCUCGUUUGUCCAAUGUUUAUUCUAUUUUUUCCUUUUUGUUUUCACUGGUUAAUCUACGGCUUGAUGUUUUGCAAAGAUAUCCCUACAAAUUACCUCAAAUACAAAGACGGCACGGCACGUCUGUCUUUUAUCCUGCGAUGUUCCCGCUUCACUCUUCUCUCUUUCCUUUACUUGUAAACCCACUAUUCGAAACCCAUCUAUCUAAUCAAUGUCUGAACCCACUUGCUCUCUUUCUGUCCAUACAUAUAUACAUACAUACUUGUGUUUCUGUCAUAUUUCCCGACUUUCAUAAUUAGUUAAGCAUUCCCCAUUUCCGUAUCUCCCCCGCGAUAGCCCAGGGAGUCUGUCUCAUUUGGAGAAUAUAUUAUACACCGUUAUUGGGAGAUUGGAGAUUGACAAGACAUGGCUCAAAAAUUCAAAGAGAGGAAGACUUCUUAUUAGUUAGUGUGGCUUGUCAUAGAACUGUUUUGACUACCGCUAAGAUGGAAUCUAAUAUGGCCGCAUUACGGAAAGAAAUGAAAGGACCUUUAGUGGAGAUUUUGACGAAUAUUAUACCACCACCAUAUAUCGUCAUGAGGUACUUAACU